CCGGUCCCUUGUGUAACAUUUCAUGUUUUAUACUGAUUGUUCAUAACGAAAUAUACAGAAGCCUGAAUCACAUCGUUUACGUGGGAGGUUGGCAGCGGCCGGCCAGAUAACCGGAGUGAUGGCAUCCAUGGGUAACGGGAGGAAGGCUGACUUACCUCUUUCGAGGAGGAAAGAGUCUAAGGCUUCAAAGAGUUAUCGCCUUAUCUGCGCGACAUGGCUGCGGUCAAGGAAACACGGCAACCACUUUUGGAUAAUAAUGCAGGAGGAGAAGGAUCAAGUUCAAUAGCCCCAAAGCCAAAACAACCAAAAACCCCCGCACGAAAAGCCAUUAGAAAGACAUUCAAAGGCACAGCCCAUUUGUCUAAUCUUCUCCCCACGGGGACCGUCCUCGUGUUCCAAAUGUUCUCCCCCGCUUUCACACGCCAAGGGAAGUGCCCGGCCGUCCUCAAUCAAACCAUGACUGUGCUCCUCCUAACUUUCUGCAGCCUUACCUGCUUCCUUAUGCGCUUCACUGACAGCUUGAGGGACGAAAGAGGCAAGGUCCGAUACGGGUUGGCGACAUCUAAAGGGUUGUGGAUUCUCGACGGUUCCAAAAUCACACUUGCGCCGGAGGAGGCAGAUAAAUAUAGGGUAAAGUUCAGAGAUUUUUUCCAUGCCUUCAUGUCCGUACUUGUAUUUGCUGCGGUGGCAAUGUUUGAUAAAAAUGUCGUCAAUUGCUUCUACCCCAAGCCUUCGGAGGAGGCCAGGCAGCUUUUGGUGGCGUUCCCUGUCGGAAUGGGUAUCGCAUGCAGCUUGUUGUUUCUUUUAUUCCCCUCCAGACGCCAUGGAAUUGGCUUCCCUCUCUCUCGAAGCUAGCUUGAGAGAAUAAAAGUCUUGGAAAAUUUAAUACAUUUUUCUUAAAGUGUGUUAUUAUCAUAUAUGUCACAUAUAUGAAAAUUCUUGGAAAUUCUUUCUAUUAAUUCUUUUCUGAUCAAGAUGUAUGGAUACACUCGUUCGAACCCUCAACUCUCCUUUCUUGGUUCAUUGAUAUUGAA